GUCUGAGCCUUCGCUACUGUUCGCUGCUGCUUGCUUGCUUGCUCGCUCGUUUUCUGGUUGUAUGCAGAAUAUAUUUUCCAUACCAAGCCUGGACUUCUCCUUCUAGUUAGCGGGGCUGGGACGCGUCAAUAGUUAGAUUACUGGUCUUUGGUCAUUGAGUAUUGUUCUCGUUCGCAGUCUAAGUGAACCCGUGAAGCUUCAAACCUAACAAUUUGGCGACGGUGAUUACGGAAAUAUGGAUCCAUCUAAACUUGAAUUAUUACUCGAGCAGCAGAUGAAACUUAUUCAAAUGUUAGCAGAUGCAAAGCUUACAUCUAAUUCUCAACCAAGCAGUUCUAAUCCUAUUACUACUGCACCAUCAGUUGAUGGUAUUGCUAACAGUAUCUCCGAGUUUCAUUACGAUCCAGAAUCCAAUGUCACGUUUGAUAUGUGGUUUCGACGUUACGAAGACUUGUUCAAAUUUGACUUUGCCAACCAGGAUGAUGCUUGGAAGGUCCGCUUGCUGCUUCGAAAGUUGGGUCCUAGUGAACUAGACAAGUAUUGCAAUCUAAUUCUGCCUUUAAACCCACGCGAUCGUUCAUUCUCCGACACUGUCCAGUCAUUGAGCCAACAAUUCGGAGACAAUUCCUCACUAUUCAAUGCGCGCUAUCGAUGUUUGAAGCUCACUAUGAACGAAGAUGAUGAUUUUCUCACACAUGUGGGUAUUGUCAACCGAGAAUGUGAACGCUUCCGAUUGAAGUCGCUUACUGAAGAUCAAUUUAAAGCACUCAUUCUCAUCUGCAGCCUUCAAUCGCAGAAGUUCAGUGAUAUUAGAACACGUUUGCUAAGUCGAUUGGACCAAGACCCAAAACUAACUCUUAAUGAUAUUGCAAAUGAAUAUCAACGUCUAAUCAAUCUACAGCGUGAUACUACAAUGGUCCAGCGUGGUGGUUCAAAUCGUACCGAAGUUCAUGUAGUCCAACAACCACUCAACUCGCAUAAAUCUGCCCCAGCGACAUCUAGUUCAGGUCGACAGACAAAAACAAAUCCUCCUGCUCCAUGCUGGCACUGCGGUGCAUGGCAUUUUGUUCGAUACUGUCCAUAUAAGCAACAUCGGUGCAGGAAAUGUAAUGUGGUGGGUCAUAAAGAUGGUUUUUGUCGAAAAAAGAAGCCGAGCAACUCCAGAGGUACCAGAAAACCUACGCCUAGAUCCAACACGAAUUCGUUGAGUCUAAUAGCAAGCUGUGAGAACUCAACCCCAGUUGAGAGGAAAUUUAUUACCCUUAAUAUUAAUGGGCACCCUCUUAGAUUGCAAAUAGACACUGCAUCUGAUGUAACGAUUCUCUCACGAAAAUCUUGGAUCAGAAUGGGAAGACCACGCCUGGUGCCGACAACACAAAAACCGCGAACCGCAUGUGGUAAUUAUCUACGGUUGUUGGGACAACUAGAUUGUAAAGUGUCUUUUCAUGAUUCGACGUUUACCGGGUUAUGUUACAUUACACCAGCUGAUCUUAAUCUACUUGGGUUAGACUGGUAUGACCGGCUACAGUUAGCUGACGUUCCGUUAAGCACCGUAUGCCAUCUGGUUGAACAACCUCAUGAACCUGAAUCAUAUUCGAAAGAACCAAUGACGGAGUUUUCGACCAGCGAACAUCAUACGGCCGGCGAAGAUGCAGUUAUUGCCUCCCCAUUGACAGAGGACCGCGCACAGUGUCAGCAAGCAGCCAAGUGUAACGCGAAAUUAUUGCCGGUCCCAUGGCCACAGCCUGAGUAUCCCUGGUCCAGGAUACAUGUCGAUUUCGCAGGCCCAAUUAAUGGAAUUACCUAUCUAGUCGUUGUUGACGCCUUUUCGAAAUGGCCAGAAAUCGUUCCCGUCGUGCCACCAACGACAACUCAAACGAUACAACUUUUGACAGAGAUGUUCUCUCGCAACGGGUUACCGGAUAUAAUCGUUUCCGAUAAUGGUUCGCAAUUCACCUCAAGUCAAUUUCAAGAAUUUUGCGAACGCCUAUCGAUCAAGCAUUUCCGCUCUCCACCUUAUCACCCACAGUCAAAUGGACAAGCAGAAAGAUUUGUAGAUACAUUCAAGAGAGCUCUAAUGAAGUCGAAAGGGGAGGGGACGACAGUAGAAACACUGCAGAAUUUCUUGUUUGUUUACCGAACAACACCUAAUGAUAUGCUACCACAGCAGAAGUCCCCGGCAGAGAUCCUGAUGGGAAGGAAAUUGAGGACGAUCCACAGUCUCAUGUGCCCAAGAACCACACCACCACCAUCCCAUACCAAAUCUCAGAAGCUUCCAGCGUACGAGGUUGGAUGCCCCGUGUUCGCUCGAGACUACAGAGCAAAUCAUGGUCCUUGGAUCGAAGCACGUGUGGUUGGAAGACUAGGUCAAGUUAUGUACGAGGUAAAGGUGGGAAGAGACACGUGGACUAGACACCGAAACCAACUACGUAAGCGGAUUGCCCCAGACCACCCAUCAAAUGGAGUAAAUCUUCCCCUCGACAUCUUGCUUGAUACUUUCAACUUACCUGCAGCCCCAUCACAAGAAGCUCGACAGCAAGCUGAUCCCCGUCCCAGAAAGUGGCCUCUCCGUCAGCGGCGAACUACAGUCAAAAUGCAAGUCGACCCCAGAAAAGCACGCUAUUAAAAAGGGGAGGAGUGUUGGGACGGUAUAUUCCCAAAAGUCAUAUUUGUAAUUUUAUCAUAUCGAUUGACUCAUCGAUUAAAUAUUUGGAAGGAAGUCACAUGAUGAACUUAUCGACUAAAUAUUCGAAUGCCUGUCGAGUGAUGAACUGAAUGAGUCAUGUUUAAAAAAACAUUUUAAUAUGACAAUAUCGAUUUUAUAUAUUUAUAUAUAUAUACGUUCAAAAUUGUGUCUGAGCGUUCGCUACUGUUCGCUGCUGCUUGCUUGCUUGCUCGCUCGUUUUCUGGUUGUAUGCAGAAUAUAUUUUCCAUACCAAGCCUGGACUUCUCCUUCUAGUUAGCGGGGCUGGGACGCGUCAAUAGUUAGAUUACUGGUCUUUGGUCAUUGAGUAUUGUUCUCGUUCGCAGUCUAAGUGAACCCGUGAAGCUUCAAACCUAACAGGUGCGUGCUACUUACAUUGAUAUAAGUAGUAUAUUAUGUGAGUCAGUAAUGAAAUGUCUAGCAGCAGAAGAUGAGGGGAGAUCAAGAAAGCAAGAGCGGGAAUAAAAUGCAAUUCGUAUGAAAAUGUAAGAACAAUGAAGUCUGAGGCAUUACUAAUAAUGGCAUGAGAAAAUCUCAAAGCGAUCGUUUUCAUUUUCUAAGAAUAGUAAGUAUCGACCAAGUGAGAAUAAAUAGAAACCACUCGAAACAGUCUUAAGAUAUUUCUCAUAUUAUGACACUGUCAACUUACUCUUAAAUUUUAUCAAUUAGCUAUAAACUGUCUAACUUUGGCUUAUUAUUAUCUCACCACUUUUGAUUUCGUCUAUUUAUAAUUCAUGCUAUUUUAUUUUACAUGAUUUAUGAGUUAUAUGAUGCAUCAUUCUGUUCGAGAUCAAACUUCAUUUGU